CAGCUGUGAAGCAUGUUGUCUGGUGCGUAUUGAUGGCCAGGGAACAGCUGUGAAAUAGAAGAAUUUUCAAGCACUGCAUCCGUUGCCGGACAAAUUUGUUUAGGGAUAUAUGCAUUUAAAUCGCUGCGUAAUAAUUUCCAUGUGCAUUAUUUCAAGUUCGUUCAGGUUUACUCCCUGGAAAUUUGAUGAUGGGACUAUAUUUGAAGGAGCACGGAUCCAUUACUAAGUCCUAGGGCCUUUUCACAAUCAGUGCAUUUCCGAAGCGUUUUGGUUGGGUUGUGAGCAAUGAUAAACGAACGGAUGGUCCUGUUCGAGACUGAAAUUGGCAACUCGCGUCUGGAAAAAUCCCCAUCGUUAUUUCGGAUUACGCAAGGAG